AUGGCAGGUCGUCAAGGAAAACCAGACGAGGAGCUUUUUCUCUCGAGACCUAAUAAUGGCGGGGACAGUCCCACCGUCGAGCCUUUGAGGAUUCAUAAACCAAACAGUCCGCAACCGCAGACCGGUCGAAGCAAAGUGCCUCAACCCGCGACCAAGAUGUUAUUUCCACUGCCUCCGGGCGCCUCAAGCUCAGCCAGUCCACUUCCAUAUCCUGACGACGAAGACGAUGACGACGAGGAGGACAUGUUUCCUCCACCCGCCAAGUCGCAGACUUAUCGAACACCAUAUCCCGAAGAGAGAAGGCCUUCAGGACAAGGAGGUUUUGCUGGACCUGGCAAGGAACAAUCGCGGCCAGCGACUGGUGGGAGAAAAGCAUCGAAUGAUACUGCGCCGAGGUUGAUGACCAGCCCGAUUGACAAGAGAGGUCCUGGGCUGGCAGAAAGACGAGGAACAGCCCCAAAGCCUCUCCCGGAGUCUCCAGGCCCAGACCUUCCAGACAAAGAAGAAUUGUUUGCGAUGCCGCUGAGAAAAAACACCGCACCUGUCGCAGCACCAGCACCUCCAGCUGGCAGACGUCCAUCAGAGACAGGCCCAAACCCAUACCCCGAGUACCAUCAACAAUAUUUCCCCCCCUCCACUGCCGCCCCUCCCCAAUCGAAUGCUGCUCCUUCGAGAGAAAACUUGGUCGCGCCCACUCCAAACGCCAUGAACAGAUUCUCCUCGACUGCAUCUACCUCUACUACAAGAGCCACAAGAGGUUCGCCGCCCCCUCCCGAGACGCCAAUUCUAGGGCCCGGUGACCCAGGAGCAGGUGGUGGAAUUGAAGCUAGAUACGCGGCAGCGGGAAUUUCUGGAACUGCCACGCUAAGCAAUCUUCACGGUCGAAACGCUGCUGCUGCUCAGCGUCAAAAUCAGUAUGGCCCACCUCCCGUCCCUCAACUACCACAAACACCUGGACUUCCCGCGCAGCAGCAGCAUGCGCCGCGGCCAUGGACUCCCCCUGAUUCCCAUGAUGCUAACCAAUACGGACCUCCCAUUGUUUAUCAAGGUGUGACUGAAGUUACAACCCAAUCAGCAGCCUCUCCGCCUCCAGCAACAAUCCAGCAAAGUGGCCCACAAUCCACCGUGAUACCUCAAGCACCAAACUCAUUUGAGCAAGACUUUCAGAGAAUGAACGUAUCUCCGCAAGAUCCUCCUCCAGCGUAUUCUAGUGUCACACCAAAUGGUGCUGCUAGCUCUUCAUCGUAUCCUGCAGAGAAAGGAGGGCGAGCCCCAGCGCCAGCCGCAAUUAGCACAACUUCGAAACAGAACAUAGCUCCUCCUCUUAUGUCCCCAGAGUUGCAACAUCCCGGCCAUCCCGCAUUUGCUAAUGACGCCCAGCAACCGAUUGGACACCCUCAGCAGGUUACACAACCUAUUGCUCAACAGCAACAACAACCUCAAGUACAGCAGCAACCACAACCGCAAGCAGUGGCAAACUCGUCACCUUUCGGUGGAGCAGGUCCAUCGUCGCCUCCACCUCUUCCAGAAGGAUGGAUCGCUCAUUUGGAUCAGAAUUCUGGUCAAUACUAUUAUAUCCACUUGCCAACCCAAGCGACACAGUGGGAAUUUCCUAAAGGACCGACCCCUCUCAAUCAUGAUAUUGCACCUUUGUCUCCAGUGAUGUCAACCUAUGGACACCAUCCUCUCAUGUCCCCUGGUCUAAUGUCCCCGGGUUUAAGUGCUUUUGGCAAACAACCUCUGAUGUCUCCUGGUUUUCCGCCUCACACUCCAGGCUAUGCAGAAAGUAUUAUGAGCAUGGCUUCACAAACUACCACGGCUGGAGGAUUUUCCGGGCCACCACCAAGUGCUGGCGUUGAUAUGUACAAAAUUGCCCCUACUAAUGGAGUUUAUUUUGGGCCUUAUCUGCGAUAUGUAAACAUGGAUAUGGAACGAGGAUUGUGGUUGGGUACCAUCAUGCUUGUGACCGACGGACCUCAGCCGCCUACGAUUCAUAUACACCAAAGUGUUGAUUUAUCACCCGAUCCGCGGCAACUGAAGGCAAACCCGAUUUUCACACAUCAACGAUGGACGUUUUACCGAUAUGAUGUGGACUUACAGAUGGGCGAAGGGCCUGGCGACAAAUGGACAUACGCCAUUACCUCGCAUCUGGGUUGCACACGGUAUGAGUUUCUGGUUGCUGGACGUUACGAAACGAAUUGGAGAUUCAUUGCGCAUUCUGGUAAUGAUUUUGCCAUGAAUACUAGCGCUGCUGAGCGGUCCAAGCUUGGAGGAAUAGGUUUUAUGUGGAAAGACAUUUUGCAGAAAAAUGUCGAAUGCGGUGGAUUUCACGUCCAGUUAGGUUUGGGUGAUCAAAUCUAUGGGGAUCGUUUAUGGAAAGAAAUUCCACUACUGAAGCAGUGGCUUGCUAUGAGUGGUAAAGAUAAUCGCAAGAGUGCUGCGUGGACGGCAAGACAUGAGGAAGAUGUGUCUCAUUCAUAUUUUCACUACUACACCAGUCACUUCGAUCAGCCAUAUCUGAGAGAGGCUUUUGCCCAAAUCCCGCACGUCCUUCAGAUUGACGAUCAUGAUAUUUUCGAUGGUUUCGGCUCAUAUCCUGAAUAUAUGCAGUCAUCCAACAUGUUCAAAAACAUUGGCCGUAUCGGAAUCGAGAUGUAUCUGCUAUUUCAACACCACACGACGCUGGAAAUUCUUCGUAAUGUGAGCAGUGAUGUUGAUCUGUUUACAAUCACCGGCUCUGGCUGGCAUUUCGUCAAAUAUCUCGGCCCAGCCGUUGUGGUUGUGGGUCCAGAUUGCCGCUCGGAACGAAACCAACGGCAGGUUCUUGCGGGCCCGACGUACCAAGGCUUGUUCCCGAAGGUUGCAACAUUACCACCAAGUGUACAGCACUGUAUUUGGAUGAUCUCGGUUCCUGUGGUCUAUCCACGUCUAGACACUGUCGAGAGCUUAGCUCACACCAUGGCUACUGGUAAGAAAGCAGUAACAGGGACAUACAAUCUCCUUGGUAAGGUGACAAGUUCGGCUGCUGGUCUUGUUGGUGGCCGUGAGGCGGUUGCUUCUGGUUUCUCCCAGGUGAAAAAAGCAGUUGGCAAAUCAGGUCUCAUGGGCGGAGUUCUCAAUACAUUUGGAGACAUCGAUAUCGCCGACGAAUUACGAGACAUGUGGACUCAUGAAUCCAAAGAUCUUGAGCGCACGUACCUAAUACGUACUCUUCAAGGCAUAGCCAACCAAAAAGGAAUACGAAUGACUUUCCUUUCUGGAGACGUAAACUGCUGCGGUGCAGGCCUGGUGCACGAUCCUUCUCACCCUUCGGACCAUAAGACAAUGUAUCAAAUAAUUAGUUCCGCCGUUGUCGCUGCGCCGCCUCCAUCUUAUGUCCUUAAGAUGCUCCACAAUAAUAAACCACUCUACGUCCCAGCUAAUGGUCAGAAGACGACCAAUCAAAUAUCUGAUACUAAAGAAGACAUGAUGGAAAUCUUCCAGACCGAUACCAACGGUGGUCCUCGAGAGAUGAAGAAGCUAAUGGGCAGGAGGAAUUAUGUCGCGUUUGUGGCCUAUGAUCCUGAGAGCAUCAACGGCGGCGCAAUGGGGAAUGGAAGUAUGCACAGUGGUCAGAAUGGGCUGCAGAAGUUGAGUCUCGCUGUGGACUUCGUUGUUCAAGGUGAUGGUGGGUUCAGUCCUCCUACCAAGUACGGGCCGGUGAUUGUUCCAAGUUUGGAGUUUGGCAGAUGA